UUACCAGAUAUGUGCUUACCAAAGAUAUAGGAGGUUAGCUAGAUAGUCUGACUGCAUGCAGUCAUGGAUGCUAGUGGAGCUGGAGCUGGUGCUAUAAGAAACAGCGCUGUCCCUAUGUCUCGGAUAGGCCUCAAUGACCACAAGGCAGGCAUGAAGGGACUGGACAAACACAAGAUUAAUCAGAUUAUCGUUGAGGCUUCGAAAGGGUCAAAGUACUAUGAGAAUGAAGUAAAGAAGGAGCAAACUGUUACUAAGAAGAUUGAGACGAUGGUUGCUAAUCUACAGAGGCUAACAACUGCUCAAAAGAGUGCCUCCCAGCAAGCCAUGGAUCGUGAGGUGGACAGGCUGGAGAGGGAUCGUGUCCUAGGUCGGGUGGUGGUUCAUGCGGACAUGGAUGCAUUCUAUGCUGCCGUGGAGAUGAGAGACAAUCCAGCACUGAGGGACGUUCCCAUGGCAGUGGGCAGUCAGGCCAUGUUGUCUACCUCCAACUAUGCUGCUCGAAGGUUUGGAGUGAGGGCGGCCAUGCCUGGGUUCAUUGCUAGGAAACUGUGCCCUCGUCUUGUCAUAGUGGGCACCAACUUUGACAAGUAUCGUGCCGUGUGUAAAGAGGUUCACUCUGUACUGGCCCGAUAUGACCCUCAGUUCUGCCCCAUGGGUUUAGACGAGUCCUACCUCGAUAUCACUGACUAUGUGCUCAAGAAGUAUCAUAUCAAGAAGCAGAAUGAUGGAACACAGCAAGACAGCCACACUCCACCACCAUCAGAGCAAGACUCUGAUGACCUCUGCACUCCACCUGAUGGACCUCUCUCUGCUGCUCACUGGGAGAUAGCUGCCUCUGUGGUUGCCGAGAUACGCUCCCAGAUUACCAUGGUAACGGGGCUGACGGCCAGUGCUGGUAUAGCUCCGAACAUGAUGCUAGCCAAAGUGGCCUCUGACAUGAACAAGCCGGAUGGUCAGUUUCUGGUGGAGCCUACUAGAGAGGGAGUGCUGGGGUUCGUACGACAACUGCCCAUUAGGAAGAUCUGUGGUAUUGGCAAGGUGACAGAGAGACUGCUGCAAGGGCUAGGAGUGACCACUUGUAACCACCUCUACCAACAGAGGGCUACUCUAAACCUCCUCUUCUCUUCCACGACCUCUCAACACUUCCUGCGGAUUGCCAUGGCGAUAGGGGACACUAACGUUCAUUCGUACGGGAACAGCCAACGAAAGAGCUUGAGUACUGAAAGGACAUUUGCUGAGCUCAGCAAAGAGAGCGACCUGUUGUGCAAGUGCAGGGAGUUGUGUGUGUGUCUGGCGGAGGAGAUGAUGAGGGAGGGGAUAGCUGGUAGAACUGUCACUCUGAAGAUAAAGACCAUUACCUUUGAGGUCCGCUCUCGAAGUGAGACCCUCCCCUGUCAUGUGACCAGCUGUGACGACAUUUACCGAACGGCUAGUCAACUACUGAGAGCAGAGAUGGCCGCUGCCAGCCCCACCCCUCUUAGACUACGACUUAUGGGUGUCCGAGUGUCCACGCUUCAGCGCAUCGGUACAGACAACAUGCUUCAGCGCACCAGUACAGACAGCACGCUUCAGCGCACCAGUACAGACAACAUGCUUCAGCGCACCAGUACAGACAACACGCUUCAGCGCACCGGUACAGACAACACGCUUCAGCGCACCAGUACAGACAACAUGCUUCAUCGCACCAGUACAGACAACACGCUUCAGCGCACCGGUACAGACAACACGCUUCAGCGCACCAGUACAGACAGCACGCUUCAGCGCACCGGUACAGACAACAUGAUGAAGCUAACACACUUCUUCCACUCUCAACACCACCACCCAACAACGGACCCAACCACUGACCCACUGUCGACUAUUGAGCCCCCUAAAGAAGUCACUGAUUGCCCCGUGUGUGGGAGACAGAUCCCUACUAGUGAUAACACCGUCCUCAACAGACACCUUGACGACUGCCUCAGCUUGACCACCAUUCAGGAGACAGCAGCUGCCAGAAAGAGACUAUUGAACUCACCAGCUAGCUCACCACAUAAGAGGCAGUGUUGUGUGAAACCCUUAGAGGCUUUUUGGACUUGACUCUAAUAGUAUUAAUUGUUGCUCCAACAGUUUUUCAUUUUGUGUAAUGAGUUUAAUGAUGACACUGAUAAUUAAUACUAAGCCCUAUGCAUGGG